AUGGAAUGCAGACGUUUCAGAUUUUGCGGAGAGCUCGAUGCGCCCGACUGGCUCCUCAAGGAGAUCGAAAUCCUUUCGAAAAUCUCGUCCGUGCGAAUCAAAUUCAUCGUCAAGGAGGUCAUCACCCACAUCCUCACUGGCACCAUCGACUUCGAGAAGGUGAUCACCCACACGUCCAAGUCUGGCAUUUCUGAUUCGGAUGUGAAGGCCCUCAUCGCUGCGGUGGACUUCAUCAUCACCAACGGCGCCAAGUACAAUGUCGACGACCAAGUGCUGGUCACUGAGCUUCAGCAGCUCGGUCUCCCCAAGGAGAACUGCGACUCCCUUGUGCGUCCCUUCGCCGAGAGCAAGCAGGCGCUCCAGGAGAAGCUCCACUCGCGCUCGCUCAGACUGGACACCAUCAAGUCUCUCGAUUGGCGAGUGGACUACCUGCUGUCCUCGCACAACCUCAACAAUGUCAACGCGCCUGCGGUCCAGCUCGCACUCACGGUGAGCUCGCCCGAGGCCCGCACGCACGAGGACUCGAAGGACAAGCACACCAAGCACUCCUUCGAGAUUGAUGCCGACAAGUUCCGAGUCCUGCUCACGGAGCUUCAAAUCGCCCGAGCGAUGAUGGAGGCCAUUCCCACCGGCGACGAAGAAGGACGAGAAUGA